AUGGGGGCCAAGAAGCCGCAGCCGCAGCCAGAGAAGCCCAAGCCGGACCCGCAGGUGCUAGUGCCGCCCGUCUUCGACUUCCCUCCCUUGGCUGCCCGCACCAGGAUGUUGGUCCCGGCAUAUGAGCUCAUGUUCGGGAAGCUCGCGCGACGCAGCCUCUUUGAUGACUAUUUCCAUUCUGGGGGUGUGGACGCGCAUAUUGUGUUGAAGCAGUUGGGAGAUUCUCAUGCUGAUCUGAAUGCCAACGUAUCCAUCAAGCAAAUGGAUUUGAACGACCCCCAUACAUUUGUGGACCUUCUUGUGUCAACUUUGAAACCCACAAUGCGGCUGUCUUCAAGUGUUUACUAUCCCAAGUAUGGUAUUGGCGCCUUUGGGACAUUCCCUUUGAAUAUGGCAAACAGAGCAUGCUCAGAAGAUUAUGGUGUCAUGGGUUUACGAUAUGGUUCAGAGAAUCUAUCAAUUGGGGCCUCCUUCGUCCCAUUUCCUUCGCCAGGUGAGGUACCCUACGGUGCAUGGUUGGUUGGGAGAAAAGGGAAUUUAAGUGCAGGCGUACAAUACAAACCGCUAGGUGGAAUCAAGCAUCCUAUGCCUUUUACAGAUGCGAAGAACUGGAAUUUUGCAAUCGGUUAUGGUCUGGGCUCAACUAGCCCACUCAGCCCUUCAUUUACUUUUGCACUAGAGCUCAUUAGAAGUUCACAGCUGGUUGCAUCAUUCUAUCAGCACCAUAUUUCUGGAAAGGAACUAAAAAAUCGGGGUGAACCUGAUAUUUUUGGAACUUUAAACUACAUUGAUCUUGGACUUGAGCUAGCCGCAAGGGUGGAUAAAGACAAACCAACAGACGAUGUUGGCAAUUCCUCGUUUCAGGUAGCUGCAAGUUGGCAGCUUAAUACUGAUUUACUUGUAAAGGGGAAGUUAGGCCCCUCCAAGUCUUCUGCAGCAUUCGCGUAUAAGUUUCCACCCUUCUUUACAUGUAGUGUCACAGUUGAAAAUGAUCAUUUGAAUGGUACGAGAUCGUAUGGAUUGGGAAUUGGUGUUGAGGAUUUCAGAGAGCCCAGAUACCAAACACUUGAUGAAGAUUGUAAGGUGUUGAAACAACAUGACAUGGACGCCGAUGGAAAGGAGCGCGUCCUUGAGUUUGACUUUGUUCGGGGCAACUAUGACAAUUUACCCAGGGAGUUGAGGCCUAUCGACAAAGUAUUGUAA